GAUGGAUUUUUGUUUUAUAUGAUCCGAAUCACUAAAUAUCCGGUAUACAAGCCAAAGGCAGGCAGCCAUGAAAACAAAAUCUCAAGAUCUUCCUCGAAAUUUCCGCGAAACCCCUCAACCAUUUCUCUUUUUUCUUUCAUUUUUUCCCGCUUUCCCAUUUGGCUUUCAUCUUUGGUUUCUUUAAUUUUUCCUCUUUUUAAUCUUCCCGUUAGGAAUUUGGGAGCUCAAAUUUGAACUAAAAAAUCAGAUCUAAAGAUACCCAAUACGGUAAUUGAGAGGAAUUUCAUGGAAAGACCCAGUGGAGAGAAACGUAGACUUGAUGUUAGCAGUAGUGAAGAAGGUCAACCUGAUAGAAAAAGACCAGCUCUUGCCAGUGUUAUUGUUGAAGCGCUCAAGGUCGACAGUCUGCAGAAACUCUGCUCAUCACUGGAGCCAAUUCUUCGGAGAGUUGUUAGUGAAGAAGUGGAGCGGGCUUUGGCAAAACUUUGCCCUACUAAACUUAAUGCAAGGGUUUCUCCAAAAAGAAUUGAAGGGCCAAAUGGGAGAAAUUUGCAGCUUCAGUUCAGGUCUAAAUUGUCACUGCCUCUCUUUACAGGAGGGAAAGUAGAAGGAGAACAGGGUUCUGCUAUCCAUAUUGUCUUGCUUAAUGGAAAUACAGGCCGUGUUGUAACAGUCGGCCCAGAGUCGUCUGUUAAACUAGAUGUUGUUGUGCUUGGAGGAGAUUUUAAUAAUGAGGACGAUGAUGGAUGGACUGAAGAAGAAUUUGAGUCUCACAUUGUGAAGGAGCGUGAUGGGAAAAGGCCGCUUCUUACAGGAGACUUGCAAGUGAUAUUGAAGGAAGGUGUAGGUAGUCUUGGUGAGUUUACAUUUACUGACAACUCUAGCUGGAUUAGAAGCAGAAAGUUCAGGCUAGGCUUAAAAGUUGUAUCAGGUUCUCGAGAGGGAAUUCAUAUUCGAGAGGCAAAAACAGAAGCCUUCAGUGUGAAGGAUCAUCGAGGAGAAUUGUACAAGAAACAUUAUCCACCUGCAUUAAACGAUGAUGUUUGGAGAUUGGAAAAGAUAGGAAAAGAUGGAUCCUUCCACAAGAGGCUAAAUAAAGCUGGCAUAUAUACGGUGGAAGACUUUCUACGGCUCAUCGUGAGAGACUCUCAGAGGCUCCGAAAUAUCCUGGGAAGUGGAAUGUCAAAUAAGAUGUGGGAUGCUCUUGUGGAGCAUGCUAAGACCUGUGUUCUUAGUGGGAAGCUCUAUGUCUAUUAUCCUGAUGAUAUGAAGAGUGUCGGGGUUGUUUUUAGCAAUAUUUAUGAGUUGUGUGGUUUAAUCUCUGGUGGACAGUAUCAUUCAGUUGAUUCUCUUUCAGAGGAUCAAAAGGAAUAUGUGGACAGCUUAGUCAAGAAGGCAUAUGACAACUGGAUGCAUGUUGUUGAAUAUGAUGGCAAAUCUCUUUUAAGCCUUAAUCAGAAUAAAACCUCAGAUGCUCCUCAGUAUGAUCCUUCAACUGGUUCUCAGAACCAUCCUAAUUCAUUUGAUCAUCAACUCAAUCUGCCAAGUCUUCCUGCUUCAACUUCAUCAGAGCAGCCUCCUAUGAAUUCAGGAUUGAACAUGGGAUUGGAAGGGUAUAACGAUAGUCUAAUGGGUACAUAUACCACAGAGUCUCAGAACACGAAUGUUAGUGUCAAUGAACAGUUAAGUGGUGCUGCAUUUUCUCAAAACCACUUUGUAGGCAUGUCGCAACAAGCUCAGCAACCUGGAAGUGAGAGUAGACUGGCCCUUCACCCACCACAGCCAUCAUUUUCUAGCUUUUUUGCUGCUAGCACUCCUAAUUCAUCCUAUAAAGGAACUGAUGACUUCUUCACAGAGGAAGAGAUACGCACCAGAAGUCAUGAAAUGUUAGAGAAUGACGACAUGCAACAUCUUCUCCAUAUAUUCAACAUGGGUGGCCAGCAUCAUGCUUCUUCUAGUACCUCAGAAGAUAAUAAUUACCCAUAUGGAUCACCAUACAUGCCCAGUAUGUCUUCAAGCUUUGGUAUUGAUGAGGACCGUACACGUUCAGGAAAGGCUGUUGUUGGGUGGCUCAAACUGAAAGCAGCAUUGAGAUGGGGCAUCUUCAUCAGGAAGAAAGCUGCUGAGAAAAGAGCACAGAUUGUUGAAUUGGAUGACCCCUAGAUUUGAUUUUACACUUCUCAUAGCAUCCACUUGGAGGCCGAAGUCACUUCAAAUUUGAUAAAUUCAUUUCCUUGUAAAGUAUGCUUGCAAUGUGAUGUUUGGGCUUCCUCUGAUGAACACUGUCACUCACUAAUGGAGUUUGGUCGUCUAGCCAUGAAUGCACAUCUGGUGCUAGUUUAGGCUCAAUUCAGCAUCUGGAAGUGUUCUGAUAUUUUCUCACCACAUGAUUUGCAUUUUUGAAGAUGUUGUCAUUCUUGCUUCUGGCUGAUAGAGACUUCCCAUGAAUAAACCCGCGUUGAAAAAGACAUCAGCUACCCCUGGGAGAGAUGCAAGUAACUUCAGUUCUCUCAACUCAAGAUGUUUGUUAGCUGCUAGUUUACUUUCUUAUUAAUGUUGACUAUUGUUGUAAUUCCCCUAGUGUUUUCUUCUAAACCAGUUUCAAUCAAAGAAAAUCUUAUGUUUACUCUAUAAAACAAUUGUAUAUGGAACUGAUAAAAAUAGGAUAUUUGGGUGCUUUAA